GAGUGUUUUUUUCUAUUAUUUGAGUUCCAAUAUUUUAAAUCACCCGCUCACAGUUUUCUUUUUAACAAAUUAAACAAAAAAAUAAUAUGAAAUAUUACAAAAAAUGGUAAAUGUUAUGAAAGGUGUUCUUGUUCAAUGCGAUCCUGCAAUGAAACAAUUUCUUCUUCAUUUGGAUGAAAAACUAGCUCUGGGAAGAAAAUUUAUUAUUCAAGACUUGGACGAAGGUCAUUUAUUUAUAUCAACUGAUAUUGUUGAAACUUUACAAGCUCGUGUUGAUGAUUUAAUGGAUAAAAUUAGUUUUCCAUUGCAUGAAAAGGAUCCAUAA